CUCGACUUGAAGAGUUAUCUGUUGAGCGGUUCGUCUAACUUACGAAGUGAAAAUGCAGGUGGCAGCUUGUCUUCUCGUGCUGGCUGUGAUGUAUGUUGGGGCUGGUGCCAACACAUGCAGCAGGUCAAACUGGUGGUCCAUUUUUGACACGGCCGGCUCGUCCAAAUGUGAGAACGAAGGAGACUUCAUCGCUGGUUUUUUCAGGAACCUGAUGCCAAAUCCGUCGUCCAACGACUACAUCUACGACCUCGAGGAGGCUGAGUGCUGCACGAGGAACCCGCCGUGGAACAACUCCAAGACGAUGGUGGUCAACGCCGACUGGUGGACCUUGUUUAAUAACAACAACGUCUGGGUCACCUGUCCUGCUGGGUAUUUCCUGAAUGGGCUCUACAGGACAGGGGGGUUCGGUGGGUGGCUGAGCAACAUAGAAGAAGGCAGAUGUUCUAAACCAGCCGGGCACCCGGCGUCGUACGGCCACUGUUAUGAUAUGGACAUUUCAAGCUGUUUCGAUGAUAAAAAUUUAUGCCGGUGUAACGCUGAUUACUACGUGACUGGGCUGUAUAAAAGUUCCUGCGACAAACUGUAUUGUUUAGACGGGUUGAGAUGCUGUACGACAGUCCCCGUUCAAGAGGAUGUGGACAGUUUUGAUGCAUUGAAGACCCGGGUAAUGGAAACGACACAGAUGGAAUUGGCAUACCUGGCGCAUUAUCUUGGUUUUGCUUGGUCUUACGGCUGUAACGCUCACUUCGUCGGGGAAGAUUUUGUGCGGAACUACGACUCGUGGGAGGCGCAGAGGAGUUCACGGUGCACGGGGUACAGGAACGAUCUGAGACUGAACAUCACCUACGGGAACUGGAGCUUCGAGAUCAAAGACAUCAGGUACGGAGCCCCGCUUAUACAAGAGAUGCAACAGCCGGAGCUGAUGGACUCGGGAGUGUUGUACAACGACGAACCCACCCCAGCGACCAAGACCAUCAUCAGAUCUGUGAAUAACUCCAAAGUCUUCACACACUCCGCUUACAGCGAUUGGCGAAACUUCCCAAACUAUACCAUUCAGCAAAGUUCCUCGCCGUUUACCUAUGGGAAUCUUUUCGGGCAGCAAGGAUACAUCUUCAAUGGCACCAGCAGUAUGAACGAAGCUGAGGAAGAGAGAACCAACACCUUUUCCGUAUCCUCAUCCAAGACGCUCCUACCCAACACCGCAGCGAAAUGGUACUUCUUCGUCGUUAAAACGCGAACGGCUUUGACCUACACGGCCGAAAUCGUUGUCAAAUUCUCCACAAAUUUCAACAGCUUCCUACGCGGGGUGGGUUCUGCCACCGCAACAAACUACCACACCACUUACUUCAACACCAGCGAUCGUCCAAACUACAACUACACAUUCGGCGAUGCCAGCACCCCCUUCUACAAAGCACUGAAGCAGCAAAGCUACGGCAACUUGGCGCCCUGGCUGUGGAACGAUAUGAAAAUGGCUUUUCCGGAAGCGUCGAAACUAAUCAACGAUUUGACCAACGAGGACAGGUACGUGUUCAAGAUCAAGGGCCGGUUCGAGAACAUCCUAGGAGCCCAUGCUGAGUUCAGGUGGGACGACCAGACCCCUGUUUCAGCUGUUGAUGCCACGCAACCUGUCAGCACCAAUGGCACCAGCCAGGCCAAGAUGAACGUCCCCGUCAUCGUUCUUUAAAUUUGUUUCUUAAAGUUUCUUUAAAAAAAAAAAGCCCGAAUUAUGUUUACCGUUUUUCUUCUUCUCCCCUUCCCCACUUAAAAAACUUUUUAAACUUUCAAACUUUAGUAGUCUUUUUAGUUUUACUUUGUACCUAUUUUUCACCUCCUGUCUCCACUUAAUUAAACACAUUUGAUACUUUCAAUCUUUAGUCUGUUUAUUUAAAUUAUGUUCCAAUAUUUAUCUUCCCCUCCUCCGCUUAAUUAAAC